AAAAGUCAUUCAGGGUGCAGUUGUUGGCAAGUUGUCGCCCAAAGCAUCUAAGAGCCCAGCCGCAGGGUGCUGCUCACUUGGAAGAGAGACAGAUGAGACAGAGAAGGAUCUGUCCUCAGGUGACUGGCUCCAAGAAGCACAUGUAGGACACAGGGACAGAUGGAUGUGGCUGUGCCGGUAGCAGUGCAGGACCAUGCCUGUUGUAUUGAGUGUGCUUCUCCUCCUCUUUCAUCAGACCCUCCUACUGGGGAUGCUGUCUCCUCCACAGAAUGUGACGCUAACAUCUGAAAAUUUCCAUAUUCUCUUGGUGUGGGAGCCUGGUUCCGGCUCAGGCAAUGGCACCCAAUAUGAGGUUCAAAGUUGCCAGCGCUCUUCUAACUGGACCAAAGUGGACACCUGUUGGAGAAACAGCACCAGAUCAUCACACACAUGCAAACUGUACUUCGAAGACAUACACAAAUUGUACUGGGCCAGGGUGAGAGCCAUGGAUGGAGCCCAGGUGUCCAAAUGGACCAUUUCCAAUGAACUACAACCGUAUAGAGACACGAUUGUGGGUCCCCCUAUCCUGACUCUUAUACUGGUGAAUGAGAAUCUGACCGUAAUUCUGUCCAUGCCACUCACCCCUUAUCGCAGGAGAAAUGGCACUUACAAGUCAGUCCAGAAAAGUGCUGCCGAACUGGAGAGUACCGAAUCAGCCUUUCCGAAAAGGGUGUUCAUAUCAACAACCCCGUGUGGUCAGAGAGCAAAGCAAGGUAUCUGUGCAAUGUAUCAAGACUCCAGACAGUCCAGCAGAUUUACUCUGGGACCUUGUUCUUGUUCUGGUUGCUCUCCUUGUGCUGCUUCUGCUGAGUGCCAUUGGCUUCUAUUUCCUCAAACUCUACAUGUAUUCAAGUGUCUCGAAAAUGCCCUUCCCCAAAACACUGGCUAUUCUGAAUGAAGAGCUAAAUGUGAACCUCUGGAACAAGUCACUUGCCUAUGACCUCGAGGGUGCCUCUGUCACUCUAAUCUCAGUGGCUGGGCUUGACUCCAAUGGUAACUCCCCAGUGGAGCAAGAAAGACUCCAAAUCCAGCUACUUCCAGAAGGCUGCCAGGCCUGGAGGAGGAAGGUUACUGUGCCAAUGGGUUUGGCCCAGGCUACUGUGAAAACAUGGUCUCUUCCAGUUCCUUGGGCCAGCUAGAGUUUACUGGCACUGUAGACCCUGAAGCCCCCUUGUCAUCAGCAGGACAGACGAAGGAUGGAUAUGCAGGUGAAGGGAACUACAGUACUGCUCUGGAGGCCCAGCUUCCCCUGGGCCAGUUGGUGUUUUCUGAACAGCUAUCUUCAAUGUCAGCAGCACUGGCCAAAGAUGGUUAUAUGAGUGACAGGGGCUACCAGACUUGCUCAGAGAUUCGGAGUCCUCGACACCUCCAGAUUUAUUGCAAGUGCUUAUCUCCAGUAUCAGAAACCUGCAGUCUUUCACCACCAACCUGCAGCCUCAGGGACCUUAAAAAGAACACUGAUGGCAAGAGUAGAGGGUGGCCACCCAUGGACUGGGCUGAUAUUCCUCUCAGCUCUGUGAAACUGAAGGUCAAUGAAGAAACACAAAACCACCUUGCUCCUUUUCCCAGGCACUUGUACAGUCACACUGCUGAUAAGACAAUGAAGGACAGCAAAAAAGACUUGGCAAGGCUGGGUCAGAGUGAUGUAGAACAGCAGGAGUACCUACCUGUGAGCCGAGAGCAGCAUGGCCUCCCAGAGUGCACAGAGCUUAGUGAUGACCCCAGUGGGGAGCCGUACCCAAAGGCUGAUGACACUAAGAUCAUGACUUUCUAUAGCUAUGAAUUACGCCCUCAAGUGCUUGUCCUGUAGCUAAUGAUGCUGGAGCUGGGAAGAAGACAUUACUGUACAGGGAGAUUUCCGAUAUGUUUAUCCACGUGAAGGGGGUCUGAUUCUGGACUCACUUGUAGUGGUGUGAAUCAAGAUUGACUCCACUGAAGUGUUAUAUACAUAAAACCAGUAAGAUCAGACUCUGGAAUUGGGCUGAAAGAACCCUAGCUCCAAUCCAUGAACCUUCACCCCUGAACAGCAGCCCCUCAGUUGGAAGUUCACUGCCCCGGGUGAUUGGAUUUGGCCAUGUGGCCAAUAGAGAUAGUUUGACCUGUGAAUUUAGGUACAGCCUUUUGGUUCAGGCCCACCUGCAAUAGAAACCAGCAGAAGCUUAUGGUUUUGACUGAGUUUUAGUGUGAGUUUGUGGGUUCAUCUGAACCUGAAACUUAAGGAAGACAUAAGGUAUGUGAAACCCACACAAAGCAAAAACAAGGGAAAGGCUCUGAGUGGUUCCUGAGACCUGAUCGAAUCACGUUUCUCAUACAGCUUUAGUGACAGACAAACUGAGGGGGUGACUUUCUCUCUAGUAAAUGUAUAUAUCUGACAUGAAGCUGGAAACGUUGAAUGUACAUUGAUCUCUGUAUUUACUUUACAGCCUGUCACUAAAAGACAAGGGAGCCCUUGAAAGAUAUGACAGUGAAACUGGAUCUAAAUUGCCAAAGAUUGGCAAAAUUCUUGACACCCAUUGGGUGGCAUCAAGUUUUAGAACCGCAAAUGCCGCCUGGAACUCCUACUCAGCUUCACAUAGGCACUUUGAAGAAGCCCCCCAAGACAUGUCUCAAGAUAAUAGAGAGAGAAGCAAGUAUGAUGGCCUUAAGAUGAAGAUAGCAUCUAAUGCAGUUUUGAAAGACUUGAGAAUGAUGAAUGAUGCUCAUCUAGAAUGCACGGAACUAGCAGAGGUUUACAGAAGAAUGAUGUAAGUAAUGUGACUGCACACAAGUUGUUACUUAAGCAAGUAGACCUUUUUAAAGCUGUGAAAGAACAACCAGGUGAUUAUUUAUUCAAAGCGCAGAAAGCAGCAGAGGAUGGUGUGUUUCAGACUGUUUCCAUUGUGGAAGGGGGAGCCACAAGAAAGAAACUAUUUGCCCCAGAGACAGACUCAGAGCUCAUAGCCAGUAUAAACGUUCUUGAUCCAGUAUAUUGGCCAAUUGGAGAACAAAGUGCUUUGCAUGGAGAAAAGGAAAUACAGGAAAUCUGCUGUCAGUUUCAGCUGUAUGUUCAUGAGAUUUUGCAAGCCUCCUGAAUUUACAAAGAUUUUGGAGUGAAACUAUGUCUUGAUGCUCUGAAAAGCCUUUUAAUUUGUGUGAAAUUACUGCCUGCCAUUACUGAACAUGGAUUUAGUGCUAUGAACAACUACUUCAAGAUCAUCCAUUCAUGUUCGCAUACUGACAUUCAGCAGGUGACUCAAGCUUAAUGGUCCUUCUGUAGCAUGAUUUUAACAACGUCUGGCAAGAGGAAGACAUUCUGCAGCUCAGAACUGUAUGAAAUGGAAGAAUACAUCAGACAAUAAUGCUACUCAUGAAGGACUUUGGAAGUUUGUUUUGUUAGGUUAUGCUGGACAAUCUCCACAGUUAGCCAAGGACAGUAGGUUAAAAUUUAAAACUUUAAACAUGCAUCUGAGGAAGUGGGUAUUCACCCACGAAAGCUCAUGCUCCAAAACGUCUGUUAGUCUAUAAGGUGCCACAGGAUUCUUUGCAACUUUAAACUAGUUACCACUUCAUUGCAGGGGUGGAUUGAUUGAAAUUGAAGACAUUUGAAUCACCAAUUUUAAUAAUUAUUUUAAUCAGCAAGUAGGAAACCUUGAUUAAAAUAAGUAUUUUAAUCUUAUUUUAUAUUUGUACUUUUUAGUUAUUUUUCUAAGGAAAGGUUAAUUCUCAUUGGUUGGUAAGCAUUAAAAUGUAAUGAUUUGCACCUAAAUAUAGCCUUAACACUAAAUUUGAUGCUUCUUUUGCUAACCAGGAGUAUACACUGUAUCUAUACACAUUGAUUUAAGAAAUUAUAUAACUUAACUGACACUUACUCAGAUUCUUAUUUUUCACAUUUUUUAUAAUGUUA